CGUCACUAAAAAAAAAACGUCACGGUGGGUAUAUAAGGGUGCCCAUCAUUCGGAUUCUCCCCUUUUGCACCUGGACUUGGAAACGAAUAGACCUGUUGCAAACCAAAGCUGUGGAAAGCAAACUUUUGGAGAAUUUCAUUCCUGGAAACAAACUACCGGAAAGCGGAUCCUGCUGAAAAACCAAACCUUUGGAUCACUGGACUAUUGUGGAAAACCGAGGAGUCUGAACAUGUCCUCCAGUAGACCACGGAUCCCGGAGGAGCACCUGCCGGAGGGAGUCGCCCCCCAGCAGGUGCUGGACAACGAUGCAGGUGGUGUAGACGACAUCAUUGGACGUCCUGCAGAAGAUGGGUUCCCUGAACUGAUCUUGGUUGUGGAUGAUGACGAAGACAACAAUCUCCCAGUCAACAUCUCAUCUGGUGAGGAAGAGGAGUUUGAGGAAGACGAUAGGGAAGUCGACGAGACCGACUCAGAAAGUGAAAUUGGUGAGGUCUGGUCUGGCGACUUCAGCAAUGAUUCAGGGUACAGCACCAUGACUUUCUCUGAAGAGUACCUUGAAGACGACCUUGAAGACGACUUUAGACCUCUUCUUGUUGUUCCCGCUCGUAUUCCUGAUGCUGCUCCCGUUUGUGGUCCUGCCGCUGCUCCUCAGCAGCUGAUGGUCGGGCACCCGCAGGUACCCGUUCAGCCCGAGAAGCUUCCCGAGCAGCAAGUGGAACGACCUGAGGGAAGUGUACUCCCAUUUUCUGAGAGGCUGGAAGAGUGUGCCCCCUCAACUUCAGGCCUCAGCUCCUCCACAAAGAGGACCAGGGAAGAGAACUACACGGGGCAGCUAAGUAGCAAGAGGCCGAGGGUGAAUUCCGAGGAAAACCCUGAAGACGCAGUUCCUUCUACCGACUCUGAUUAG